AUGUCCGUCCCGUCGGAUCGCUCUCGCCCGAGCGAGGAUGGCUGCGCUUCAACUCGUGUCCGGUCUUACUCUCCUCCCCACGGCGGCACGGCCGCCGAGAGGCUCGCCGACGACAUGCUCGUCGAGAUCCUCUCGCGCGUCCCAGCAAGGUCGGUGUGCCGCUUCAAGUGCGUCUCCAAGCACUGGCUCAGCCUCAUCGACCACCCGGAUCACCGCAAGAAGCUCCCUCAAACCCUAGCCGGCUUCUUCUACACUAGGAGUGACAACGGGCAGUUGCCUCUGGAAACAGAAGUCCGCUUCGUCAGUGUCUCGGGGAAACGCGGCCCUCCGGUCGACACCUCUUUCGCCUUCCUACCCAGCCACGGGCGCGUCGAUCUACUGGACUGCUGCAAUGGCCUCCUCCUCUGUCGCUGGUACGCCGUCUCCGCUCCGGAUGAUGAGUUCCGCUACAUCGUGUGUAAUCCUGCCAGGGAGGAGUGGGUUGAGUUGCCGGACACCAGUCAUGCUGACAAUGUACGGCGCGAGGCACUGCAUUUGGGUUUCGAUCCUGUGGUGUCUCCCCACUUCUAUGUGUUUGCGUUCCUCGAGGAUGCCCACUUUAACUUCUACCUUGCCGGAGUGGAAGUAUAUUCAUCGGAAACCAGGAGAUGGGUUUAUAAGGAAAUUGGAUGGAGCAAAAGAAUUAAGCUUGCUGCUCGGCAGUCUGAUGCUGUCUUCCUCAACGGCUGCUUGCAUUUUUAUGCCUCUGGCAAAAUUUCACCCUUUUAUAUAGGUGUGAUUGACAAGGAGGGGGAAAUAUGGGCGAGGCUCUGUAUCCCUGGUGAUAGGUUUGGUGGUUUUAUUCAGCAAUCACAGGGCCGUUUGCAUUAUGCUAAUUUUAAGAAAGAUCACAAUGGCGAUGUGGUUCGACUAGUAGUCUAUGUUCUGGAGGACUAUAACAGCAAAAAAUGGAAACUUAAGGAUACCGUUGAAACUUCAGAUAUAUUUGCAGGGACAAAUGUUACUGGUUCCGACCGGUUGGCAAUUCAUUCGGUUGAUUCUUGUUGGAUUGCGACUCAUCCACAAUAUAACUUGAUAUUCUUCACUGUGGGGUCAGCUUCCACAUUAAUGUGCUACGACAUGGAUCGUCAGCAAGUCAAAGUGAUUCGCAAUCAUGAUGGCUAUCAGCCACGUCUGCCAUAUGUUCCAUUUUAUGGAGAGUUACAAUCACUUCACGCAUGA